UUCCCACUCCUUCUCUUUCAGUCUCUCCACUCACUCCAUCCAUAUCUCUCCCACUCUCUCCAUCCAGUUUCUCCCUUUUGACAGUUUCACACAGAAAAACCCCCUCUCCCCUCUAAAUUCCAUCUACCCUUCAUUCACACAGAAAAAUUCUUUAAAGAAAGUUAGAUACAUCAUCUUCUACACAACCACCCCACUCACUUCAAAAUUACAAACCCAUCUCUCUGAAUCACUCCCUCUUCCCUUGAUUUUACAGAAUUCUUAAAAGAAGUUUUGAUCAUGAAGAUUUUCUUAUGGGUUGUUCUUAAUCUUCUUCUCCAUUGAGUAUUCUCAACUCUGUUUUUUUCCCAAAGUUUUUUAAGUUUUGAAGAAAUGCAAGAUCCAGCAACAUAUCAUCAUCAACAAAUCAAACCCCAACAGCUUCAACUUCAACCGCAACUACAGCAACAGCAACCACAAUUUCCAGAACAAGAGCAUCUAAAAUGUCCGCGAUGCGAUUCAUCAAACACGAAAUUCUGCUACUACAACAAUUACAAUCUAUCACAGCCAAGACAUUUCUGCAAAAACUGUAGGAGGUAUUGGACUAAAGGUGGUGCUUUAAGAAAUAUUCCAGUUGGUGGUGGAACUAGAAAACAUACAAAGAAAUCUUCAACCCCAAAGAGAAUUUCAUCUUCAACAGCAACACAAACAGUAACAACAGCAGCAGCAGCAAAUUCAGUGACAACAGCAGUGCAAUUUCCGAAACCAGUGGUAUCAUCAAAUGGAGUGGGGAUUAAUGGAAUUGGGAUUUUCAGUUCAAUGGAUCAUCAAAUGUUGGAUAUUUCUGGGAGUUUUAGUUCUUUAUUAGCAUCAAAUGGGCAGUUUGGAAAUUUAUUGUUAGAUGGUUUAAAUGUAAACCCUUCUACUAAUAGUAAUCAGAGUAAUGGCGGAGGUGGUGGUGGUAGUAUUAAAGAAGCUCAUCAAUUUGGGGAAUUCAUGGUUGAAAAUUCUGAGAAUUUGAGUAAUAAUCAUAAUAACCAACAUCUACAGACAACAUUGGAGUUGCAGAGUAAUGGUGGGGCCAAUUCAGAAAGUUUAUUAGAAUUACAGAAUGGUGAUUGGGGUGGUGGUGGUGGUGGCGGUGGAGGUGGUGGUGGAAUUGUUUGGCCUGAUCUUGCUAUUUACACCCCAGGUUCGAAUUUUCAAUGAAGAACACAAAGAUAAAUGAAUAUUUUUGAUUUAUUUUUCUUUGAUUAGUAUAAUAUGUUAAUGGAGUUUAAUUAAUUAUCAUGGGAGUACAUCUAAUUAUAUUAUUAUUAAUAAUAAUUAAUUAAUUGACACACAAAAGUACAUUGUUUUUUUGGGUUUUAGUGGGGUGUGAAUUGUGAUUAAGAGUAACUUAAGGCGUAUUUUAGUACAUUUUCGUACCACCA